AUGGCGGUUCCAUCAUCCACAAUUGGCUCUCCUGUCGCCUCUUCCUUCUCUUCCUUCUUUCAAAGUCGUCAACAGAAGAAGAUGAGCAUCACACAAACCUACUACCUCGCGCAUACCGCCCGAAAGAAGCUCACUCGCGAGGCUUCCCGGGCUGAUCACGAUCUACGACUACUCGUCGGUCACGCCAACCUCCUUGACUCCCUCAUGAUCGAUCUGGCCGAUGCUGAACAGGAACAAGAGCGCUGGUUCAACCAGACCGUCAAUGGCGCCCGCCAGACCUCAGAGGAGAAGCCCCGACACAUUCAAUGGGCCUCAACAGUGGUCGAGGAGGAAGUACUGGAGGAUGAUUCCGACAGCGACGAGGACGACUCCGACUUCGACGAAAGCGAAUUCGUCAUCAACACACCCAUCCGCCGCCGUCCCAUCUCUCCACCUCUCCCAGAGCCAAUCCUGGAGGAGGAUGACGAUGAUACAGACUCGGACUUUGAAUAUGAUGAGGGUGAAGAGCUCGCUCUGACCCGUUCACCCAGCCGCCAAAUCCCAGAGCUUCUCGCUGACUCCGACGAUGAGUCUGAAGACGAGGGCAUGCCCCCGUCCCCACCAACAACCACUCUUGAGUCAUUUGACCCCAAAGAAUCUACAUCCACUGCCAUUCCACUUGACGACCAAGACCGCAUGUUUGAACCUGGGUAUUACGUAUCACAGGAGACGAGUCCCAUCAUUGAGGCAUUCUGA